GAAGGGACAGAAACUGGAGGAAUGGACACAGGGAACAUGGGGUGGAAAUGGGGAGCAUGCUGUCACAUUGUAGGGAUUGCAGCUAGUGUCACAAAACAAUAUGUGUAUAAAUUUUUGAAUGAGAAAUUAACUUGAGCUGUAAACUUUCAUGUAAAGUGCACACAAAAACACAGAAAAGAAUGAAAAUUACUACCCCCCCCCCCCAAAAAAGGAGAAUCAUUCUUUAUUAACUCGCAAGAGAAAUGGUUCGUUUGCACUGCUUAAGUAAACUCAAACUACAUAUCCCAGGCAGCGCUGCAAGUUAGGCACGUGGGCUAUUCUUUUCCCCUCUGUAAACAACCAAUGAAAGGUAACGUUUGCAAAGGUUUAGGAUGACGUCUGGCUGUAUUGACUCUGGCCAGCCUUAAAUCUGCUUAUUGCCGUUUGGAACGUGCAGCUCAACCUGCAAUCAGAUUUAAAGAGGCUUUUUCUGUUAAUUCGCAGCUCAUUGUGCUUCUUGUUUCAGAGGGAGGAAAAGCUGAGUUAAUCGUCUCAAUGGACGCAAUACUGAAUUACAGUUCGGAAAAUAAUGAAGAUUACUACACGUUACUGGGAUGCGAUGAACUGUCUUCGGUUGAACAAAUCCUGGCAGAAUUUAAGAUCAGAGCCCUGGAAUGCCAUCCUGACAAGCAUCCUGAAAACUCCAAAGCUGUGGAGACUUUCCAGAAACUGCAGAAGGCAAAAGAGGUUCUGACAAAUGAAGAGAGUCGAGCCCGCUAUGACCAUUGGCGAAGGAGCCAGGUGUCAAUGCCCUUCCAGCAGUGGGAAGCUUUGAGUGACUCAGUGAAAACGUCAAUGCAUUGGGCUGUCAGAGGUAAAAAAGACCUGAUGCUGGAAGAAUCCGAUCAUACUCAUACCAACAAGAUUGAAAACGAGGACCGGAACGAGCAAAGAGAAAUAAACAAAGAGGAGAUGGGUUCAAACACAGAGAAAACAGAGGAAAAAGACUCAGAAUCCCUGGAGAAGUCAUUCUCCCCACAAAAUCCAGAUUCCCCAGGUUUUUCAGACGUGAACUGCUGGCACUUUCGUUUCCGCUGGUCUGGAGAUGCUCCCUCGGAACUCCUGAGGAAGUUUAGAAACUAUGAAAUAUGAAACAUCCCUGCACCAUGGAAGAUGGAGGGAGUGGACCAUCCUCUAGGCUGACAAUAUACAGUCUCUGUUCAUACCUAAAACUGUCAUGUUGAUACAUCCUGUUUGUGAAUUGUUUAGCACCAAUUGAUUUCUCCAUUCAUGAAAUCAUUCUCACAAUGUAUUUUUUAAAUGAGAAAACUUUCAGAAGAAUAGUUUCUUUCAGUAUUUGCAUAUAGUAAGACUCUUAGAUCCAGAGUGGAUUGUGUUAUGUGUUUUCCCCUGAAUGUUAUUUAUUGAGAUCCAUUUAAAAAUUGAUUUCUAUAUUUAAAUGUUCAUUGGUAUAUCAUAAUCUCUAUUAGUGCUGGAUGAAUAAGAAAUGUUUUCUCUUGACUUCAAAUGAAAUGUGAAUUUACUUGUCUAAAUCCCAUGAAGUGAAAUAAAUCAUUU